GUCUGCGGGCUGCUGAACUGAAAGUGCUGUUCUCUGGGUGCUCCGCGGAGACUGGUUCACUUUCACCUGCGCGAGCCCCCACCGACCCGGGUGGGAAGCCAAAAGAGCAGUGAGACAUGAACGGAAGAGUGGAUUAUUUGGUCACUGAGGAGGAAAUCAAUCUUACCAGAGGACCCUCGGGGCUGGGCUUCAACAUCGUCGGUGGCACAGAUCAGCAGUAUGUCUCCAACGACAGUGGCAUCUACGUCAGCCGCAUCAAAGAGGAUGGGGCUGCGGCCCUGGAUGGGCGGCUCCAGGAGGGUGAUAAGAUCCUCUCGGUAAAUGGCCAAGACCUAAGGAACUUGCUGCACCAAGAUGCUGUAGACCUUUUUCGUAAUGCAGGCUAUGCUGUGUCCCUAAGAGUGCAGCACAGGUUACAGGUGCAGAAUGGGCCUCUAGGACAACGAAGUGAAGGGGAGCCGAGUGGCAUCCCCAUAGCUCUGGUGCUGGUGCCAGCGUUUGCCCUCACCAUGGUGGCAGCCUGGGCCUUCGUGAGAUACCGGCAGCAACUAUGAAAAGCUUGCUCUCUUCCAGUGCUCCCACUAGAAGACACGUUUUCUUUCCCUCUCACCCUCGUCCCCUGCCAUUCUCCCAUAUCCUUCCCUCUCUCUGCAUAGCCAACACGUCCUUGAAAGAGACUGCUACCCAAGCAGGACCUCACUGUCCAAAUGUCCACAUCCUCAUAUAUAAUGGGAGAGUGAAGGCAUUGUUUGAAAGAAAGCUGAAGAAAAGACAUGCUUAGAACAAAUGGGGAGUUAAGUAUUUUGCUCGGAUCACCAACAGGAGUUCAGCUACCACCCAAAGAGGGAAAGGUCGGUCUUUCCGUCAGCACGGUGAUACCUUUUUCUGAGCUGGCAUGCCUCAAAGGCCAGCUGUGUGAUGCAAGAGAAGAGAGGAUUUUUCUUCUUAAUGAUCUUCCUUGGGAAGUUUUUGUGGCCUUUAUUUAAUUUCUAUCUACAUACUUGGGUGCCUAUAUCAAACACAGGAUAAUGAGAGCCUUUUUACUUUUAUAAAAUAAAUGCAUGCGCACGUGCGCGUGCACACACACACACAUAUCCAUACAUGACAGUAUAAUAGUGAUGCCUUACGGAGAAUUAAAGAAGUGGAAAGCUGCUCUGUGGUUUCAGGUUUCUGAUAAAAGGGAAGUUCUUAAUGGAAGAAUUUGAUACAUAGCAGGAGUGAGAGAAUGAGCCUUGAAAGAGGAUGCCCAAUCUGAGUCAUUAAAAAAAAAAAAAAAAGCAACUAAUUAAAAAUCUUAGAACAAUAUUUCUUCUCAUUAUAGCUAUGCUGAAGUGGAGGUAAAAUGCCAUAAUCCAGCUUUGUGCAAGUCGAUCUGUUCCACACCCUUUGAGAUGUAAAGAUAAAUCUUACUCGUUCUCUGGGCUGCCCCAGUGACUUUUUUGGUACCUCAUAGUCCUGUUAAAGGAUCAGCUGGAAUGACUGUGGUCAGAGCUUUGGUGAUGAGGCCAGACCAACCCAGUGAAAGAACUCUAAAAUACAAAAGGAUAAUGACCCCAAGGUGACACCUGAACCCUCUCAGGCCAUCUAACAGAUUUUUUUGGUUUCUAGUGAUAGGCAAAUUCUAAGAGAAGGACCUGCUCUCUGGCAGGAUAGGCAUGAAAUCAGCUCUGCUCCUGAUUCAGUUGAGAGGGUUUGGAUUGCAGGUUUUUUUGAAAGGCUCUAAACACUGGCUAUGGCUUUUAAUAAACCCUUUUGCAGGGAAUGGGAAGGAAAGGGGAUUUGUUUUGUUUUAGUGGGUAGGGAAGUUUGGUGGAUGUUUCAUGGGGAAACCUUGAGAGAAGGCUAUGGAUGAAUGGAUGCUCAGGAAUACCAAAGACAUUAAUGAGGUGCAAACCAUUCUGUUCGUGUGAUAUCGAACGUUGGUUUUAAAACACUAAAGAGAGCUGAACCAAGACUAAUUCUCUGGCUUAAAAAAAAAAAUCAUUUCCGUCCUCCAAAUAUAUUAUCUAGACUAUAGGCCUUACAUAAUCCUGACAGCAUGAGUAUGAAGACUUUCCCUGAGGUAACCAGUUGUGUCCAGUUUUUAGCAUGGAUAAUCCAGUAAGCAUUUGUUGAUUGGACACCACCUUAGUUAAGACACUUUCACAAAGAAUGUCACAUUUAUAUUGCAGACAGCAACAGGGAACAGUUACUGAGAAGACACUUGAGGAAGUUCCAUGGAGGAAGGGGAUGAAUUAAGGACCCUUGAGGAGCUCACAGUCUAGUUAAGAGAAUUCAUAAAUAGAUGAGCAGUUAAAAGUAGCAACAGACAUGUGCAGGCAGCCAUCACAUUUUUUUCCCCCAGGAAUUCCAAAAAAGAAAGCUGUCACAUAAUGGCAUCAGGCCAGAGUGGGAAGGGGAGGCUUUUAAAAAUAAAAACCCUCGUAAGACCUUGCCUCUGGGCCAACCAUUGGUAUAGGGAGAAACUUCCUUUAAACAAUCCUGAUAGGACUUGGGCCUUUAGACCUGAAGUGUUCAGUACCUUUGAGCCUCACUUGGACGGCUGCCCCUGUGGGUCAGCAAAGACACACUGACAGUAUUCCAGUUCUCCCCUCGACCAGCCCCGCUGUGCGGGCCCAAGCCAUGCCGCCCUCCCUGCAUCUGGAGGCUUGUGCGACAGCUUCUGCCGUGGGCCUGCUUCCCUCCCAGGGUUCAUCUCAGGGUUUGGACAUCAACUCCUGAGAGGACCUUGAGACGUUCACAAUGAAGCAAAUGGCAAGCAGGAGGGAAAGCUAUCUAGUGUUUUUUUGUUUGUUGGUAGAUGUAAAUAAAAAGGACUCCUAUCACCUCGUCGGUAGAAGUUUUGCUUUGUUUAAUGAUAGGGAUUCUUAUGCACUUUAAUAAUUUAGAUUUUCCCUGGAAUUAAAGAGCAUUUAAAGAUCCAUGAUUAAAGUUUUAGACAAGUA